AUCAUUGCAGCAUUGGCAACACCCGAUGGGUCACGAUUCAUUGGGCUUGGCUAUAAUAUUCUUCUGGGAAACCCCGAUGGAGGAGAUCUUUCACUAACUGGAGUUGAUCCUGGAUUGAAAAGUACAAGACAUGUAUUACAAUUCACAUCAAAUACAGCAAUGAAAUUAUUUGAUAGCGAUAACAAAACGUACUGUACAACCCACAAUAGUACUUCUGUUUUCUUUGGAGGGAAGUCGUACCAGGCUUAUUUGCUGGGAGAUGUUGUUACUUUUGGUCCUGGUGACAGCUCAGUUUUGCCGUAUGCAUUUUCAGCAAGUAGAGUUUUCAAAGACAUUAAGCACAGAACAAAUGAUAAUCACGACGUGAUUAGAGAUACAGAAACUGUAUGUAACAAGGGGAGAACGAGAUAUGUCUUACCACCAAUGUAUCCUGAUCUUCAUAAAGUCACGGACCAGUUUGCAAGUGCUGUUUGUCAUCUGCCUGUACAAUACAACCAAGCUAUAUAUCGUCAGUUCUUAGAUAUAUGGGGAACUCACGUGGUUGUUGGAGUGGAUAUUGGAACAAAAACAGUAAACCGGUUUGAACAAUCAGCGUCACAAAUAGCAGAAAUCCUACUGUCGUACGACACGGAUGUCGGAUCAGUAUCUGUUGAAAAUUACAUGGGAUAUGGUACGGUUUAUAAACUAGAUAUCUCUAAACUGAGCCAUAACGAUUUCUACAAAAUAAAAGGAGGUCAUUUAGAUGGAACUUUAAACAUUGGAACUGUUGGCAAUCCGGAACCCCUAGCUUACAAAAUGGGUUCAAUUGCUUACUUUAUUCAAGAUACAUUUUGGAAUAAUUCAACAACUUUCCUUUCAAAUGGAAUUUGCAGUGAAGUAGACGGAUUAAAUUUGCCACAACGUCAAACAAAUGUCGUAAAAGCUUUAGGAGAGUACCCGGGAUUAAAUGGAAUUAUAUCGACGCCACUAGAUCCAGUUAUCAAAAUUCCUAUAACAUGGCCAUAUGGUACUUAUGGACUAUAUCAUCCAAAAAGUGGAUGCCCAAAAGCUGCAUUUGCUUGGGCAGAGGGAUGGAAUCGUCAAGAUGCAGAAGACCAUGACAACAACAAUGCCUGGUCUCCUGGAAUACAUUUAGAUGAUUCAGUAAGGAGCGAUGGGAAACCCAUAUUUCAUUUUUGCAUUAAAACGAUGAACGAAAAUACAGAAUAUAAAAGAGACUGGCCAAAGGGGAAUUACUGCAUAUUGAAGAAAGGAAACUGCCCACAAGGUUUUAACGUUGGAUCUAUAAAAUGGGAUGACGAAGACCACGACAAUGCUAACAGCCAUGACGGUACAUUACCUGAUGGGUCGUAUGGGAAGGAUACAACAAUUAAUUUUUGUUGCAGAAAUGACGGAAAUUACCAGACUGCUAUUUUGCUUCCAGUUGAUUCUCCAUUUUACCUUCUUAAAUAUACUAGUCCCUGUCAGGAAGUUUUCGGCAUGACAGUCAGCGAGGAAUUUUAUAAGAUGGAUACAGAAGAUCACGAUAAUACGGAUUCAUCUUCUGGUGCUCAUCCUUAUAUUAGUAGUUAUCCUAUCCAAUAUUUCUGCUACUAUGAGAGGAAAAUCAACUUUCCUUCAAAGAUUUUUGGGAGAUAAAUGAUA